AUGGAAGAAGUACUUUCAUUGCUUAUCCAGCAACGGAACUUAAAUUCACACCAUGAAAUUGCAUUAGCGGAAAAAAAUUUUGAAAACAAAAAGAUCACAGAAGAAAAUGAAAUGUUAAAGAAAGAGAAGAGUGAAAUAGAACAGAAAUUACACGAAGAAAUGACUCAGAAAGAAAAUCAAACAAAAGAAAUUGAAGACCUUCAAGAGGAAAUAAAACAAGUCAAAGAAAAGUUAGUAGAAAGUGAAGAAAAAUACAUUAACGAACAACAGACACUUCAACAAGAAAAUGUUAUGCCACAAGAAAUCGAUACAUCAGAACAAAUUAAAGAAAUUGAAAGGCUUCACGCGGAGAUUUCCGAACUACAAGCCACAAUCACGACAUACAAAAAUAAAUUAGCGGAGAAGGAUCAAACCAUAGAAAAUGAGAUAUCGCGAAGGUGUGACAGUGAAAUGAAAAAGUGGAAGGAUACUGUCACUAUCAAAAACGAAGUGAUAUUAAAACAGAACAAUGACAAAAUAGAGUUGGAACGAUUACAUAAAGCAGCGUUAAAGGAGAUGGAAGACAAAUACAAAUUUGAAAAGGAAGAGAUGAUUACUCAACACCGCACGGAAACAACUAAAUUAGAAGAAACUAUAUCAGUAUUAACUAAAACACAAACACAACAAAACAUUACAAAUAAAAAAAUAAAGGACGAACAGAACGCACUCAAGAAACUUGUUUUGCUCUACGAGACGGAAAUAAAGAAGUUGGCCAUCAUCGAAUUGAAAGACAAAAAGGAAAUCAUGUAUGUCAAUACUUUAAUACCUAAAUCGCAUCUCCAGGAAACACAACAAAGUGCUUUUGAAGACUCUACAAGUAUUCCAAUCGUACUUCCAAGGUUUUUAUCGGCAGUCAAUCCAUUCAAAGAGUUCACAAGAAAAACCAGUGUAGCGAGCUUUGUGUUAUUUAAAGGUGAUAUUGUUAUGAGAGACAUUCUUGGAUUUACUGUACUUAAUAGAACAAGAAAAGAACUUACAACACAAAUUCCGUACUGCGACAAAGGAAGUUUCGUGACGAGUUGUUUGUCGAAAGACGGGAAGAUGUUAUUCUAUUGCAUGAAGACAGACGAGGGGAAUGUAUUUCGAUUUUUUGAUAUUGAGAAACGUUCUCUAAUAAAGAUAGAAGGUUCUACAAACACGAAUGUGAUCAAAUGUUGUGCGCUGGAUACCACAAAGUACAUCUACAUGUCUUCAAAUAAUUAUUAUAUUGUUAAUACAGCACAAGUUGAAAACACAAGCACAACAACGACGAUGGUAAACAACUUAGUGUUCUUAAUGACAUUGAAUGAUCGCGUUAUUUAUGUUGUUAAGAAACUUACGUCAUACACUUUGGUGUUUGCUGAUUUGUCGAAGGGACUCAAUUCGCCAUCUUUAUCAAUUCCAUUAGAAAUGGGGGUUGACUUUGACGACUUUUUUGAGUGCUUUAAUGGGUUCUUUGUGAGAGAGAAAAGUGUGAUCCAUUGUGUGGACUUGAAUGAAACGUUUAAAACGAAACAAUUGUCAGUAAUCAAUUCAAUUGACUUAGACAAGCAAGAAAUGUUCAAGAGUUCUGAUGUCUUUGCAACAUCCAAGAAACAUCGAAUUUUGUGUGUUGGAGGGACUCGAGGCGAUUUGUUGUUCUGGAACGUUGAUUAUCAAGAAAAGAUGAAUAUGGUGAAGGUGUUCAAUGUCGACCCGUUUGUGUAUUUUGCAUGUUAG